UUUUGCAGUUCAUUAAUACUUUCUUGUUGGUGAUCUUGUCAUUUAUGGAUUAGGCGAAGUGAAAAACUUUGCGUUAACUCUGGGGCUGUCUGAUUUAGCUGGACUGGAUAGCUAGCACCUUUACCAGAAAGCUGGCCGAAUCUCCUCGCUAGUUACAGCUGCUAUGUCAGCACGCUAGUUGGAUUAUCUCCAAAUAAAAGUGUUUGAACCGAGCAGCAUGCCGACAGUAAUGAAGUACGGUGACAAACACGUGUAAAUACUCCCCCAAAAAUGAAAGCCCAAAUGAUUUGGAGUGAACUGAACUGUUAGUGAUAUCACAAGUUAGCUUGCAUCACCUAAAAGCUAUCUAAGCUAGCCUAGUUAGUUAGCUGAAGCUAAUGAGCUCCUGUUUUUGUGUAUGCAAGCUAAAAGAAAGGUCAGGUAGCCAAAUCUCUGGAAUCGCUGGAAUAUCUACUCUUUUCUUGUUUUUCCAAAAUUUUGCCUGAUAGUGUGUUCAGAAAACGUCACGUUUGUGUUAACCAGCUAAGUUCAUUCUCAGCCUUAGUGUUUCGGUGCAGUCUGACAUAGACUGGUUGUAACUGACGUUAGCAAACAACGAAAUACAUGCUUGUGGAUUUUUAUACAAGCAGGAAGACGUGACGAGUUGUUAAACUAGACGUUUUUCAUAUUAUAUUGUAAGAUUUAAUUCGCUGUUGCAGAUUAUGGAGCCGAGUUUGAGUAACGUGUUUCCGAAAUGAACACACACUCGUACUGAAUCAACCUUGGUAUCUCAAAUGGCUCUAAUCCUCCCUUGGUAAUUGUACUACAUAGUGCAUGAUCUUAUACCUAUUGCACACUAGCUAGUGCACCUUAAGUCAAACAGUAAGUGAUUUGGAAUUUAGCCAUGGCAAAACGCAUACGUGGUCCUAGGGCUCCAGAUGAUAGCUGAGGAUUAAUUUUAUUUGACGUCGCCCCAUGGACCAGGACAAUAAUUCAGAGGAGGAAUCUGUUGGUAUAUCAGAGGAUGAUGCACAGCAACGUUAUUCACGUGAACUUUCGGACAUGGAAGCAGUUGAAGUGUUAUGGCAGAUGCGGGCUCAGCGGAGGCAGACCAACCCUGACCUGCCUAACACUGUGACUCGGCUCACUACACCAGAGGGCAGUGUGGUCUACCUGGUGGGCACGGCUCACUUCAGUGACAGCAGUAAGAAAGAUGUAACUACGACAAUCCGUGCAGUGCAGCCGGAUGUCGUGGUGGUGGAGCUGUGCCAGUAUAGAGUGUCCAUGUUAAAAAUGGACGAAAAGACGCUGCUCAAGGAGGCCAAGGACAUCAACCUGGAGAAAGUCCAGCAGGCCAUCAAACAGAAUGGCGUGAUGUCAGGCCUCAUGCAGAUUCUGCUGCUAAAAGUCUCUGCUCACAUUACUGAGCAGCUGGGCAUGGCGCCUGGAGGAGAGUUUAGAGAAGCCUUCAAAGAGGCAGGUAAAGUCCCUUUCUGUAAGUUUCACCUUGGGGACAGGCCAAUCCCAGUGACGUUCAAACGUGCCAUUGCUGCUCUGAGCUUGUGGCAGAAAGCUCGGCUUGCCUGGGGCCUUUGCUUCCUGUCUGACCCCAUCAGUAAAGAGGAUGUAGAAAAGUGCAAACAGAAGGAUCUGCUGGAACAGACAAUGUCAGAGAUGAUUGGCGAGUUUCCCGCAUUGCACCGCACCAUUGUUGCAGAGCGAGACAUCUACCUCACCCACACACUCAGACAGGCUGCUCGCUGUGUCGAGGCGCCACCUAAUGGCCAGAAAGUGCCUGCUGUGGUGGUGGGAGUGGUUGGAAUGGGCCAUGUUCCAGGAAUUGAGAAAAACUGGGACAAAGAGCUUAAUAUUCAGGAGAUCAUGAGUGUGGCGCCACCGUCUCGAUUCGGCUGGGUGUUGCGUACUGUGUUGAAAGGGGCCUUGCUUGGUGUUCUGGGAUAUGCCUGUUACCGUGCUGGAGGGUAUGUGGGGAGGGUGUUUCUCUCCCUACCUGCUGUCCGAUUGCUGGAGAAUAUAAGACCGCCCCCUGCCUGACCUAGAGCUUCAACAAAGACUUAAAUAAACAGUUACGCUAAACACCAAUUGCCUUAAGAUGACAGACCGGGCAGAUAAGAGGGUGUGAUAUGGCUCAUACUCUUAAAACGAAACUGGAUUUUUGGAACGGAGGAACUUGAAGCAGCCCUCAGUAAUCUCCCCGUCUUAAACUCUGUGCUCCUGCGAACAUGGAGCUGUACUGCCAAAAAACUCGGACAGUAACCCCCCCCCAUCCCAAUUUUCUUACACUUCAAUACACGACAGUACUAUUUCAGUACAACAUAUCUACCCCUCUCGGGUUGUGUUCAUAUUUUAAGUUAUGCUGUGGAAAGACAAAAGUGUGAAAUUACUGAAUGCCUUGGAAUUGUCUAUUCUAUCUAUAUGUUUUCAUUUAGCUCCAUUAGCAGGGGCACAUAUUGAAUAUGCAACAUAAAACCCCAAUGUUCUAUAGUUUAGGAGAGAUUGUACAUUAAUUAUAAUAAUGUGUUAGUGCUGACAUAAGCACAUGAAUGAUGCAGCAAAUUUUCCAUUUCUGCUGUUUGUACCAAUUUAAUAAUUUUAUUGAGUACAAAGUAAAAGUAAAUACACAUUUAAUACUGUAACAUGAUUUGUACCAAAGCAUGCCUUAUUUUUUUCUUUAAAAAAAAAAAGGUUCAACAUAUAGUGAGAGAAGACUCUCAAUAUUUAUGCAUCUGCUGUAAAUGCCGUUUCUUUAAAUGUAGGAUGUUUGGUCUGGGGGAACAUCGCCUCCUAUAGGUUAUGCAAAUAAUUUUCACAGACGCAGUAAUGACAAUUCCGAGAAUCUGCCCUUUUUUAUACGUCAUCUGUUUCUAUUUUCAUGGGGGAAUGCAUCCUGCAGUGAUGAUAAAGCAUGACUAUACUAAAGAACUAGUCUAGACCUCUGUGUGGAGAUGGGCUGAGGCUGUGAGUACUGAAGCACUACUUCUGCACUACCUGUAGUUCUCCUUACAGUGUGGGGUUAAACCAAAAGAGGGUGGUGUUCAAGCUUGAGAUGAAGUUAAGCCCAUGUCAUCUGACAAGUGCCUCCCAACAUGUUACUUGAAAAAGGGCUAACAAAGGAGCUGACCAGAUUGAUUUGAUCAAUGUCCAUCAAAUCCUAAUAAAUAUGUGGUAUUUAAUCUUAAGUAAUCUGUUUAAUGGAUGAUCUUGAUUGCAGUCAAUCUGCUUGAGCCUUUUGUACUGUAAUAUUUCUUGACUUGCAGGCAUCUGACAAGUAAACAAUUUUACUCUUGUGAUGCCAUUGGGCAUAAAUCACCUCCCCCUAUGAGCUUGUGAAAAUUGUGUAGUGUACCAGCCUAAAAUUUAAACAAGCUUAAUUGGGAUUUUUAGCAAUUGAUUUACACAAUUUAGUCAUCUCACUCCACAGUUUACUCCGAUUACUCCAAUUCUCACUUGCCAGCCAGCUCUCCCUAUCAUACAACAUACAAAAGACUAACCCAUGCUCUCUCUGAGACCCGUAAAGAUAACUACUGCAUAUUUUAAUACUGCUGCUCAUGCUUCAUCAUAGGGCAGUGUUAACACUAGAGCAAAAUAAUAUUUGCAUUUUUCCAGAUACAUCACAAAUGCCCAUAAUUGGUCUGUGAUUGUAAGGAAGUGAGUUUUGUUUUGUUUUUUCUUUUUUGGGGGCAAUGUUUGAAUAUCUUGUUGAUAGGGCAAAUGUGGUUAGUUGAAUUCAGUGGGGGGAAAUACGUAUGCAAGGCACUGAAUAGUGCACAAAAGACAAAGGUUAUCUUCAUCUAAAUCUAAAAUACUUUCAAACUUUGCUGAUAUCAUUUUCUGCCUUAUUUAACGUACCUUGGUAUCAUUAAUGUAGCAGUAUUAGAACAUUAUUCACCAAUGAUCUAAAGACAUCAAUAACAAUAAUAAUAUUAAUAAUAAUAAAAAAGCAAUAUUACUCACAAAUGUGCUUAAAGUUAACUUUUAUUUUAUUUGAAUGAAAUCGCCCUCCAGCACGUAAAAAAUCUAAUUUGGAUCCCUUUCAGGGAGGCAAAUAAUAUGCAGCAUAUGUCUGUGAUUUAAUGUGUCUGGGUCGAUUCAUUACCAGUAUUCACUGUAUUAUAUGAGUGGAUAGUAACAGGGAUGUGAAUUGUUGCAUUUUGUUAAUAAGUCCAAUGCCCGAAAAGAACAACUUUAUGCCCGAAUCCCCACAAUAAAAUAGACUUUUUAAACUA